AUGUCAAAAGAAAUUGCCGAGGAGUAUGCAUCCAGUUUGGCGGAUCUUACGGUCAACAGCAAACCCCUCAUAAAUAUGCUAACAAUACUCGCAGAAGAGAAUAUCGAGCAUGCUGGGGUUAUCGUUGAUACUGUGGAGAAACAUUUGGAGAAGGUUCAUCCAGAGAUCAAGCUGCCAGUCCUGUAUUUAGUAGAUUCUAUUAUCAAGAAUGUCGGAGGUGCAUACACACAGAAGUUCUCACAAAUCAUUGUGAACAUGUUCACAAGGACUUUUAAACAGGUUGACGAGAAGAUAAGGUCACAAAUGUUCAAACUUCGGGAGACCUGGCACGAUGUGUUCCCUGCAACAAAGCUCUAUCAGUUGGACGUUAAAGUGAACCUGAUUGACCCUGCAUGGCCAAUUCAAGCCCAACCGCAACAGUCUAACAUCCAUGUAAAUCCAAAUUUUCUGAAAAAGAAUGCUGCACCAACAGCAAGCUCAACCACAGCUUUGACAGAAGAAGAAGAGAAGAUGCGCAGCAUCCUCGCCAAGAAGGAGCAGGAGUUGCUCAUGCUGCAGAGGAAGAAGAUUGAAAUGGAGCUAGAACAAACUCGGCGACAGCUGGAGUUGGCUGAGAAGAAUGUUAAAAAGGUGGGGCCUAGCGCUUCGGCCAUGCCGGUGGCGCUGGUGAGCCCUGUGGCCGUCAGCGCAGCCCCCGCGCCCCAGCCCCCGGCCCCGCCCGUCUCCAUCAAGCAACGCCUCGGCCCGCCGGUGAACAAAGCGGGGGGCGGGCGUAUAGCGCCCGUGAGCGGGCCGCUGGUCGCCGCGCGCCGGGACCCCCGCCUAGCGCGCCGCCCCGUGCCGCAGCAGGUGGCGCAGGUGCCGCAAGCACCUCACCCGCCGCAAGUGCCGCCCGCGGCCAACGGCCCGUCGCCCGCGAGCAGCGCGUUCGACGCCAAACCGCCGCCGGAGCGCGUCACCAAGCGCAAGAACGUGAUCACGAUCGACGUGAGGCCGGACGCGAUGAAGGGGCCCGCCCCGCGGCGCAGGGACCCGCGCGCCGACCGCAGGCCCCGCCCCAAGGAGAGGCCCAAGGACGACUACAUCGAGCGGCUCCAGAUACCAGACCCGAAGCGCAUCAACCGGCUGCCGCCCAUCCCGAGGAUCAGCCGGGACCACGAGCCGGCGCAGCCCGCCCAGCCCGCGCUGCCCGACGAGCCGCCCACGCCCCCAAGCGGCGGCGCGACAGCCCCAAGGAGCAGCAGAGGAAGAAGAAGCGCGACCAGAACCCCAAGGAGACCUCGCCCGACAAGCGGAAGACGAGGGGCAAGCCCAGGGAGAAGGGCGAGGAGGGGCCCCAGGAGACGGUCGCCUUCAAGGCGC